AAGACUUUAGGUCCUAGGAAUACGGCUUUCAUGAUAACUCUUUUUUGGCCACCCAUCAAAUACCUUUUUCCUUGCUAGUAAUAAAAAAGAAAGAAAGUCAACAGAUUUUUAGUCUUUAAUCUUUUUGUUCCAUCUCAAAAAGAGAUGGGAUGUUGGCUGCCAGCAGGAAGAGGAGGCAUUUCAGCCAUAUUGGUGGCAGUUCAGCCAUGUUUGCACCAGAGCAGGAACUUCCCCAGGGAGAGCAGGGAACCCCGGUGCCGAGCUCAUCGUGAGCCCUGAAAAAGUGAUGGCUGUUGUGUUGUUAUCACAGUUGUUCUUUGCAAAGAUGUAAAUAUUAGAAACUGAGGUCACAGAAUCAUUUAUUUUUCUGUCCUGGAAAGAAUCAUCUUAAAGAGUGUUUCUUUCAUUCUCAUUUUUCUAAUGAAACCAAAUCAGAAUAAAGAGACAUGCUGAAGGUGGUUUGUGACAAUCUAGGCUGGUUACCCUUAGGCAUAUGCUUCCUUUCCAGAAUAGGGCAACACUGGUCUGGACAGCACUUUGGAAGAGUGGAAAUCAUAUGUCUUCAGCAAUACUGGGUCUGGAUUUGAACACUGCCUCUCCUGUGGACCAAGAGUAUCUUUGAGCAAGUUACUUAGUGUCUUUGCACUUCAGGUUCCUUAAAAUGGGGCCAGUAAUUGUUACCUCACAGGGCAGUGCUGAGAGAAUCCAAUGGUCAGAGCAUAGCUUUAAUACCUUUUGGUGUUCUCUUGAUCAAACAAGGGAACUUGUUUCUCACCUUCCCACUUGGUGAUAUGUUUUCUUUCUCUCUGACCUCAGGUCCCUGGAGGUGGGCACCAGCCAGUGGCUAAAAGCAGGGGGAAAUAGAAGGCAGAUACCUUCCUAGCCCCAACCUGCAUUACUGGGCAAUGGCAACUGAGCCAAGGGUGACCAGGACCCUGAACUCUAUGGCCCAGGCUUUGAGGCAACCAAAUGUGUUCUCAACUGUGAAAGAGGAGAAUUUGGACAUCGGAACAGAAAAGGGAGACAGCCCCUUGGAGCAGAUACAUUGGCCACAGGAAGUCACAUCAUCUCCUGGGGCCUUUGCACGGUCUCCUCACCUGCUCAGUUACUGGGAGGUGGAGGGUCCCAGGAAGGGGUCCAGUCAGGAAUGGACAAAGCUAGAAAGAGACACCAUGGAAGAAGAGAUGUUGGGCCAGUUGAAGCCAAUGGAACCUGUACAGAAGCAGCUCCCUCAGGUGGGCAAGGUGGCAGCAGCCCCGCAGGAGGCCAUGAAGAGAGAGUGCUGGUGGAUGGCAUGGGUGAAGAAGCCAGUCACCUUUGAUGAUGUGACAGUGAACUUCACCCAGGAAGAGUGGAAAUGUCUAGAUGCCAGACAGAGGGCCCUCUAUUGGGAUGUUAUGUUGGAGACCUUCAAGAACCUGGCGUCUGUAGCCAGAAUCUUUCUGCCUAAACCAGAUCUGAUCACCAAGGCUGAGCAAGGAAAGGAACAGUGGAAAGCAGAUUACCACCCCUCAAAUGGAGACUACCUCCCUUUAGGAGGCAAGAAAGAGUAUGAGGAACUUCGAGAACAGGGUCAGAAUCUGAGAGAUGAGGGAACUGGUGAUGACAAGGUCUCCCCUGCUGGGGGAUGGGCAGACCAGAGCCCACCCUUUGCUCCAAACAGGUCCAUGGCCAAGAGCCCAGUGUUCCCACCAUCCCAGGCAAGGUCACCUUUUUGCUGCAACACCUGUGGCAGGUGUUUCAACAAGCACUCCCACCUCCGUAGCCACCAGUUUGUUCACAACCCCAAGUGGACUUAUACCUGCAGCCAGUGUGGGAAAUCGUUUAGGAGCCCCAGGACCUUCAGCUACCACAAGCACGCACAUCUUGGGGAGAAGCCCUUCCGUUGCUCCGUCUGUGACAAGACCUACUGUGACCCGUCUGGACUUAGUCGUCACCGCCGUGUCCAUCUGGGUUACCGGCCCCAUCCAUGCCCCCUCUGCAGGAAGGCCUUCCGGGACCAGUCUGAGCUAAAACGCCACCAGAAGACGCACCAAGGGCAGGAGCCAGUGGCAGGGAAGCAGAGGUGUAUUGUGAGGAUUCCAGGCCCCACAACUGGAUUCCAGGCACCCGUCAUUAGGAACCAGGCAUCAGAGGCCACGACCCAAGAGUCCAUAUUUAGAACUGAGGGCCCUGUGGCCCAGACUCAACCAUCUAUUGUUAGGAGCCAGAAAUCUGCGACCAGGAAACAGGUGAUCUUUGUGAGAACUCAGGCACCAAUCGUUACAACCCAAGGGCCGGUGCCCAGGAACUGGGAACCCAACACUAGAGUCCCCUGCUUGGAUACCAGGUUCAACCCUCACCCAGCAAGACCCACAAGACGCAAGGUCUUCUUUUGUCCCCACUCUCCCUUCACUUUUAGCAAGAAAGCCCAUCUCUUCAGCCACCAGAAGGCUCACCUCACAGAGCUGCAAAACUGCUGCUUCUGUUGUGGCAAAUCCUUCAGCUCCUUCUCCAGGCUGGUCAGGCACCAGCAAACCCACUGGAAGCAGAAGAUUUACCGUUGCCCUAUCUGCGAUCUCUGCUUUGGGGAGAAGGAAGGCCUUGUGGGCCACUGGAAGAGCCGCAAAGGUGAGGGGCGAUGCCUGGGAAGCCCCCAUAAAUGCUGGGUGGUCCUGGGCCAGCAGCUUGGCUUCUCGCACUGCCCCCCCAUGGCAGGGAAGGAUAGGAAGCACAGAGGAAGUGGAUCUUCUAGGAUCCCUACCCCCAGGAGAGGGGAGGUAAGGGAGAAGGUAUGCAAAGGAGACAAUGCAAAAGAGGGUCUUGGAACAUAAACAAAUGGUCUUUCUGACUGAGGUCUUUCUUUGUGUUUGGUUUUCCCUAGGACUGACCUCCAGGGUAAGGAGGUUAUUGUGGAGGGAAAGAUAAUGAAGAAAAUACAGAAAGGAAAAGAGAUAAGUGGCACAGGGAAACUCAUAUUAUUAUUAAUUAGCACCUAGCCUGUUUCUUUGGGUUUGAUAGACCAACAACCAGUAAUCCUUGAAUAAACCCAUGGAUACUCUGACAGGUAUGAAGAUGGAAGAAGAAUGAGAGGAGGGAAAGAGUCUGAAGGACUCACGGAAGAUGUGGAAGUAGAAGGGAAACCUUCUAAAGCAGAUGUGUUGCCAGGUUCUCUUCCCUUGUACCUCCAGUUCCUCAGUAGGCUGCUGAGACGAGAUGAAGCUCUGGCCAAUAUUCUGUGGGUUUCUCCCCAUGUCCUCAUUCUGCAGCUCACUCUGCUCUGUCUCUGAUGUUUUGGACUCUUCCUGUUCCUUCCAUAAUACCCUCUGCACCUCUCAGCUCUGCCCAGUCAGGGCUGGGGUCUUUCAAGAAACAACUACCAUUUGCAAAGUUGGUGUGCUAUAAUUUACAUCAAAUCUCCAGUUCUUGGCAGAGGCUCUUCUGUCCAGGUUACUCUCCAGCUCAGGUGUUUCUGGUGGAGGGAAAAGCACCAGCAUGGCCACAGCUAGAGGGCUUCCAGGUGGAAAGCUGGAGAGAGAGUCAGUGAAAGAUGUGGGCAGCAAAAAUUAGGAAGGGAAGGAAGGAGCUGGGAAAAGGAAAAUGUAGAUGACAGAAGAAGGAAAAUCAAUCCUAUUUGGAAUUCAGAGUACUUCUGGAAGGGCAGAUUGGAAUGACCCAUAGCAAGGAGGCCUGUGAGGGUGAAACUUGAUGGAUGAGACACCCCAAGGACCAAUUCCUGGAACAGCCAGGCUCCUCCUCCUCUGCUGUGACAUCACUCAGAAGGGGUUUCCUAGAAGAAAGAAAAGAACUUGAAAAAAAACUAUGCCUUUUGUUUAAAAAAACUUUUUUUAUUGUGGUAAGAAUACACAUAACUAAACUAUGUCAGUAGUUUUUAAUUACAAAAUUAUUGAACUAGGGAAGAGGAGAUUCCUCUGGAAUCAUCUUGUCUGUGUUUGGUCAGCUCCUGUGACUGGGAAUGGGAAAGGAGGCAGCUGAUAGUAAGUGGUACUUCUGUUGAGGGGCUCUGAAGGUGGAGUAAACCAGGCAGCGGGUGGGAGUACCCUCAGCCUGCCUCCCAGCCACCCCCACCCAAGUCUCUGACAGCUGGCUCCUUAGCUUCUACCUCACAGGAGAGGUCCUGCCUCCACCCGAGUUCUCCAGCCCCUCUCCUGUCUGGGAUUUUGACCCUUCGGUAGAAUAGCCCUCCUUGUUGCUUCUGUCUCCCUUUCCUGGCUUUUUCUCAGGUUAUAAGAAGAAAACUUACUUAGCUCUUCAAGGAAAUGCCCUGAAAACAGAGAAAAAAAAAAAGGUGACCGGUGGAAGAAGACUAGCUCCCUCCCCUACAUCCCCCCUGUGGAGAUCCACAUCAACCCAUCCUUCCCUUUCCACUAAGGGUCCCCACAGAUCUCAGUAAGUGGUUUUCUUCAAGGUAUUUCUGAGGGGCCAGGGAUUGGGUGUGGACAGAGGAGGAAGUAAAUCCCAGCACCCUGAAUCUUAAGCCCCUGUUCCACCCUCUUUGUUUCCAUUCAGGGCUGACUUUGUCCUGUUUUCUGCACCACCACUUCACCUGCUAGUCUUCGAUGUAGCCAGUUGUAGCAGAUGAUCAAGGCAACCAGGGGUCCAAGAAUUGGCACAAUUACAAACAGGGUGAUCUUCCAGGCGGGUACUCUCAGAAAGUGGGGAUCUGGAGUGUUUAUAAACAGGAUUAGUGCUUCCCCUUACGCCCCACCCACCCUUCUCCAUUUAUUGGGUUUCUUAACCUGGGGUCCAGGAACACCAAAAGAAUCUGUGGAUAGAAUCCUGGCAUUUCAUGAACAUCAAUAAGAAAAGUAUGAUAUUUUCAUUCACUUCUAACUGAAUUUAGCAUUUUCUUUCAUUACAAAUGUAGGCAACAAACCACAAUAUCAGCAGUACUUGAGAAUUUCUCAGUAGAAAACAGAUAUUUUCAUAUCCCAUUAGAGUUGUUGCAGAAAUCUCAAAUUUUCUUUAUAUUAAUAUCUUUAUAUUAAAUAUAAACAUUUAUAUUAAUACUAAUUAAUAUCAAUAUAUUAAUAUUUCCUUUAUAUUAAUAAAUAAUUUUAUAUUAAUAUUAAUAGUUAUUAGACCUGCUGCUACAAUUUGUUACUUAAUGUCUUAUUUAAAUAAACGUUUAUGUCACUAUACCAUAAAUUUGUGUCUAUUUUGAUAACUACAUUUUAAUACAAUGGUUUUCCUCAUAAUCCUAUGUGUUAUAUUGUAUGUGUGCAUUCUUCUGGCUUCACCAAAGAGAGUUAAGACUU